GCGUGGAACAUGAUUCACGUUUAACUAUAAAUAAGAAGAUAAAAAUUUGAGUUCAUGCAAGUCUAAAAACUCAUCAGUUAACAAAUCAUCGAUGGAUCAACAACAAUGCAUUCAAAAUGUCCACAUGAAUGGAGGCACCGGUGAAACAAGUUAUUCUGCAAAUUCAUCGGUUCAGAAGAAACUCAUAACCAGGCCAAUAGUGGAGGAAGCAAUACUGAACAUGUUAUCGAAUUUGUAUGGUAAUAAUACCAUUUCUGCAGCGACGUCUAAGCCACGAAAGACUACUAUAGGAAUAACAGAGUUAGGUUGUUCUUCAGGACCUAAUGCCCUGUCAGUCAUCUCCCGUACUUUGGAAAUGAUUUAUAACAAACAUUGUGAAUCUGGUAUUGUUAUGCCUGAGAUUCUUGUGUUCCUUAAUAAUCUUCCAAGCAAUGACUUUAACACCCUUUUCAAAGAUGUGGGAAAUUUCUGUGAUGAUUUAAGAAGAACCAAAAGAGAUGGUUCAGGACCAUGUUUUGUUGCUGGAAUGCCUGGUACAUUCUAUGGUCGACUGUUUCCUAGUGACACUCUUCAUUUCAUUCAUUCUUCCUACAGCCUUCAUUGGUUAUCUCAGGCUCCAGAAGAGAUUAAAAAGACUAAUAAGGGAAACUUCUACAUCACGAAAUCAAGUCCUGCAUCUGUAGUUACGGCUUACUUAAACCAAUUCAAGAAAGAUUUUAUGAUAUUUCUAGAGUGUCGUUCAGAGGAAUUAGUAGAGGGAGGAAAAAAUGGUGUUAACACUUGUGGCAAGGAGCAGUUCAAAAGAUCCUACUAGUAAAGAAUGUUGUUCCUUUUGGGAACUAUUAUCUAUGUCAGCCCAUGACAUGGUUUUACAGGGAGCCAUUGAAGAGGAGAAUUUAAACUUAUUCAACUUUCCUAACUAUUUCCUUCUCCUGAAGAAGUAAAGUGUAUAAUUAAUAGUGAAGGUUCAUUCACAAUCAAUCAACUAGAGACAUUUCACGUUAGUUGAGAUUGUAGUGAUCCUAAGGGAGAUGAAUCAGUGACAAACAAGUUAAGAAGUGCCUAUUACAUGGCUAACGUCUUCAGAGCAGUGUCAGAACCCUUACUAGCAAAUCACUUCGCGGAGGAGAUAAUGGAUCUAUUGUAUGACAGGUUCAGGGAAAGAAUGGCAGAAUAUGCAACUAAAGAGAAAACCGAGUUCACUACCCUAGUUAUCUCCAUGACUAAGGGUCACAAACUACCUAAUUCUGAAGUAUAAUAUGUUGUAGUUUUAAUGCUGCAUGCCUUCCCACUUCGUCAACACGAUCAUAGUGCAAGAUGAAGGUUUGUGUAUGCAAUUUAAUA